AUGGAAAGCAUCAAUGUGGAAACGGACUGGGAUGCUUUAACCCUCUCCUCUCUGGUCGUGACGGAAAGGAAGAACCACUCUUCCUCAUCUUUAUUUGAGCUCAACACCCUCAAUGGCUCCCACAGUGGAGGAUCUUUCUUCGGGAUCUUUCCAGAUAAUGGCUCAAACACCACCCCUUACCCAUUACCCCAGCCCAGGGUGAGGGACCAGGCCCUGGCCCGAGCAGAGAUUGCUGUCCUCGGGGUGAUACUGGCUCUCACUGCCCUGGGAAACAGUUUUGUGCUUUGGGUGCUGCUCAGGAGGAGGAAGCACAAUGCGCCGAUGCACGUCUUCAUGGUCAACUUGUGCAUGGCUGACCUGGUGGUGGCCUUCUUUCAGGUCCUUCCCCAACUCAUUUGGGACAUCACAGAUAAAUUCCAAGGACCUGAUUUCCUGUGCCGCUCCGUCAAGUACUUGCAGAUUGUGGGCAUGUUUGCUUCGUCCUACAUGAUAGUCGCCAUGACAAUAGACCGGCACCACGCCAUCUGCUGCCCGUUGCAGGCUUACCGUAGUGGGGCAAUCUCCCGCUGGAACACUCCUGUCAUGGUGGCUUGGGUCUUGGCACUUGUCCUCAGCCUACCGCAGGUGUUCAUCUUCUCACGCUCAGAAGUGAGUCCCGGGGAAUUCGAAUGCUGGGGUCACUUUGCUGAGGAGUGGGGACUGAAGGCCUACAUCACCUGGAUGACGGUGGCUGUCUUUCUCCUGCCUGCCCUCAUCAUCACCAUCUGUCAGAUAAGAAUCUUCCGGGAGAUCCACAACAACAUCUAUCUGAAGUCAGAGAGGAUGGUGAUGGCUGAGUUGAAGAGGAAUGAAAUCCUUUUCGGUUUCCACAGCUUUAAGAAGGAAGACGAGCGGCCCAGGGAAAGGGGUCAGCGGGGGUCUGGAGGCGGAAGUUGGGCGGGGCUGCACUUUGAGUCAAUGACCAACAAACCUCUCCAAAACACUUACAAUAAAAGUCAACUGGCAGACGUGACAACAACAACCACACCGCCUACAGAUCUGCAGCAGAUGACCAGCACUGACUGUCGGGAGUCCUGCACCUCCUGCGAGAUGGCCUCGGGUUCACAUAGCUGCACACUCGACUAUGCCCCCCCUCACACACCGGCGACGCCGCCCCCAAGCAUCACCAAAGCCAUGUCCAAAACAGUUCGAAUGACGCUGGUCAUCGUGCUGGUCUACACCGUCUGCUGGUCCCCUUUCUUCAUUGUCCAGCUGUGGGCUGCAUGGGACCCUAAUCCUCCCAAUCAAGGAGUGGCCUUCACUAUCCUCAUGCUGCUGGCCAGUCUCAACUCGUGCACCAACCCGUGGAUCUACACGGCCUUCUCCAGCAGCGUGUCCAGAGAACUGCAGAACUUGCUGCAUUGUCGGUCGCGACCUGGACGCCGGGGUUCACUGCCUGAUGACUCCACCACCACGCACACCUCCACCACCAAGGACAGCCUGUACUGACUCACGGACACAAAUGUGGGAAACGUUCCCAACAACAAAUGACAGCUUGGCCAUCAUCAGGAACUCCAUCUGCAUUGGGGCGUACCAUACAAACAGAAAAGGAGCAUCAAUGGACCUGCCACUGCAUGAAAGAUUGCGCAGUGAUAGUAAGUGUGAGGCAAGGUGGCCAUACCUCAGCUUUUGAGAGACACGUUUAUUCCCACGUGAAGUUCUGUCAGAUAAAGAUGAGCGGGAGUGCAAGGUGUGAACCGCAGCAGAUGAAAACUCGGACAAAGGGCGUGUGAGCCAACAUUAGUGGCGAGGUUGCGGCUGCGGGCUUGACAACGGACAGAGAACGUGGCGAAUGUUCCGUGGGAAGGUUGCAGUGGAAAUCUAAUCAUGUGAAAAAAACUUUGUUAAAUCAGAGCUAGUGAAUUACCGAUGGAUGACUUUAUAUUCGCUCAGGAGGAAUCCAGUUACUCAGAACAAUGGAGAACUGAAAGCGAGCUGAACAGACAUUCAUUCAAGAGCACAGUGCUAAUUGAAACACACACACACACACACAUGCACGCACACACUCAGAAAAAACACAAGACCAAACAGCAGGUUAGGCUCGCAAGAUGAACAAUCCAAAGUUUCCGCAACCAAGUGGGACACAAUGAUGUGAUUUUAUUACAUCUAUACACAGCAUAUGAAGUAUACAAAACGACCUUCCUGACUGUGAAACAUGAAGCAUUAUCCUGAAGAAACAAAAGGAAACGUUUCAAAACCAUUCCACGCACGAGAACGGAGCAGUUGGAAGACAGUGUAUUUAUUUCAAACCUAUCACGCACAUUUGACAUUAUUAUAUCUUAUAUAUUGCGAUGUAAAUGUUGUUAGAUGUCACUCGUAAGGUAGUAGUGGUGCGUAACAUGGACGUUAGCAAGCAAAUCAAAGCUAAAAUUGUGGUCGUCUUCACCCGAGAAAAGGAUUUCAUACGAAACAAAGUGCAUGCCAGUCAACCAAUGAAAGUUGUCCUAGCCGAAAGCAAGUUUCUGUGAUGCCCAUGCACAUUUUUAGUAGGGCACCCCCCCCUCAACCUCUCUAGUUUAAUCGCACGCUGAUGUCAGCUAUCUUAUUCUAGGAGGUGCUAUCAGCGGAGGUGGGUUCUUGUGUUCUCUUCCUCCAGCACGCUUUCAUUUUUCAAUCGCGUUUGCCAAGAGUUUCGACCUAAUGUCCAACCUCACAGUUUGAAAUCGCUAAUGCAUUCCGCCCCUCAACUGCGUGGACGGGCAUCAAGUGCCCAUAUUGUGAGUAUUGCUAUAUAUGAUCCUGACCAUGCAGUAGAUAUGAAUGUGUAUUAACUGACAUCCCACCCAAAUGCACAUUCACGAACCCCAACAUUAGGUACACUUGCAGAAACCAAUGAGCACUUCAAGGCUGUCACAACGCUGCAUGUUUAUGUGCCUAAUUCUUACAAUUUGCCAUCAAGAGGCAUAAUAAAAGUCAGAUUUUUUUACAUAAAUUACAUUCAUUGUAUUAUACUCACUAAUUCGUCAAGGGGAACUCCAACACCUCUAUGGCGGUAUACAGUAUUAUGUUGAUCACACACAUGCAGACUUGGUAGGGGAAGUGACAGAGUGAUGAAUCGUACGUCUGUUGAUGUCAAUGCAACGUAAACAAACAAAUCAGAUCUACUUCGCUCACGUGAACCUGACAUCAUUAAAAAAUGCUUGGUAAAUCCACAGUUAAAGUACGGAUGGUCUAAUACUCUGUGUAUAAAUAUGAUAUAUUAGAGGCAUGUAAAUGAUUAAUAAGGAAAAUGACUCCCAACGGCAGUCAGUGGGAAACUAUUGAGAUGGCGGAAGAGUUGUUUCAGGCCGAGAAAAUAUGAUGCAAUAUUUAAUAUUCGUAUUGUAUAUUCUGUAUGUUCUUCUUUGUAUGUUGUCACUGCCUCAUGUUAACACGUCCACACACAAGUUGUUUCAGGUGUUAAGUCAAAAGUAAACAGAUAUUGUAUACAAUACUUUAUAUGUACCGUUCUGCUCAAACACACCUUACAAGAAUUUGUAACGUCUACCGUUCUCUAAAGAAAACGAGCCAUCAGACAAAACACAUUUACCAUAUUUUCAUUCAUCCGUACAUUAUCUGAGCCACUUAUUCUCACAAGGGUCACAGGAGUGCGAGGCCUAUCCCAGGUAUCUUUGAACUGGUUGCCAGCCAAUCGCAGGGCACGUGGAGACAGACAACAGUCGCACUCACAGUCACACCUACGGGCAAUUUAGACUCUCCAAUUAAUGCAUGUGUUGGGAGGAUGUGGGUGGAAACUGGAGUGCCCGGAGAAAACCCCCACAGGUACGGGGAGAACAUGCAAACGCCACACAGGCGCAGUUGGGAUUUGAACCUCAGUCCUCAGAACUGUGAGGCAGACGUUCUAACCUGUCGCACCACAGUUCCACUAUCAUAUUUUUAAUAGGAUUCAAAUAAUAAUAACAAUAACAAAAUCUGAAAUGGACAAUCAUUAAACAAAGCAUAGUAAUAAGAAAAUCAUAACAUGGUCCUAGUUCAGUCAUAUUUUUCCACAAAACUGAAAAUAUUUCACCCUGAUGAGCAUGCAAAAAAAAAAAAAACAACCAAAACAGUUUAACAACAAAAUUGCAAGUGGGCACUUAGACCUGCUGUGUAAAUCCAGCCUAAGAAAAGAACUUCAGGAAAAUGUGUCUCUUUACAAUGAUGCUGAUUAAUAAAAGUGUUUUAAAAAGUGUUUUGUUGUUUUUUUCUGUUAGCAGUCCGACCGGGAUGACACAAGUCA